AUGUCCACUGGGCACGUGGAAAAUCUUGGGAACCCCUCCAUGUACCCGCUCAUGAAGAACCCGCACACCCUGAGCGACGAUGAACGUCCCCAUCGCGUGUUCAAGAGCACCGAUGGCAUCACAGCCAACAUGAAUGAAGACCUUCGCGCUCGACGCAGCCACGCCAGCUACGACUACCUCAUGAGAGCCAACGAUGGCCGGAGUCAGGCCAACGGCAGCGCCAAUUUCGUCUACCACUCCAGCCGGAGGCCAACGGGGGGCAGGAGCUUGGACUACCUUGACGAGGACCAGAACCGCACCUCAAGCAUGCCUCACAACCGCGGCAACCAUCAUGAAGACCCGCUUUGCUUCGACUCCGACAGCGAUAUUGAGGAGUGCCUCGUCGAUCACCAAAUCCGCAUGCUGGAAGCGAAAAAAGCGGCUGCGAACUCGCGCAAGUGCGCGAACCCGGGCCCGCUCGGCCUGAUCGGCUUUGGCCUCUCGACGAUCCUGCUGAACCUGCACAACACCGGGAGCUUUCCGCUGUCGACGGUCAUCGUCGCCAUGGGCAUCUGCCUCGGCGGAGGUGCGCAGUUUAUCGCGGGCAUGCUCGAGUGGGUGCGCGGUAACACCUUCGCAUUUGUCGCCUUCACCGCGUACGGUGCCUUCUGGCUGUCCCUCGUGUGCGUCUGGAUGCUGCCCAACACAGCCUCCAGCAACUCCACGAUCGUCGACCCAGCGAGCGAGUACUUUGUAGGCGUGUACCUCUUCCUGUGGGGCAUCUUCUCCUUCGUCAUGCUUACGUGCACCAUCCGCAUGAACGUCGCCAUCUUUCUCGUGUUCCUCACCGUGACGCUGCUCUUCCUGAUGCUCGGCUGCAGCAGCAUGGCAGGCAGCGCGAUCGGGCUGCGCGCGGCCGGCUACGAGGGCGUCAUCUGCGGCUCCCUCGCCCUCUACCUUGCCUUUGCCGAGAUUGUGAACGAGGUAUGGGACCGCACAAUCCUGCCGGUGAUCCCGAUGACGCAGGUGCUCGGCUGGCUCGGCACCUUUAACGGCUACAAGGGAACACAGCGGAAUAAUAGAAGCAACUCAGCGCGCCGUGGGUCUCAGUCGCCGAGAAGGGCGGCGAGGAAGAAGUAA